AUGGAUUCAGAAAUAGCCGAACAAAUAGGAGCCGAAGGAAAAAAUUCUGUACUGCGACUUCAAGCAGUCAAGGGGACUGAAGUAAUCGAAAACAAGAGCCAAUUGAUUGAAUUUGAUAUAGGAAAUCCGACGGAUAAACAAAGGAAAAUGUAUAAGAUAAAAAACGCACAAACCGUAGAAAACUUGAGAUUGCCAUCACAAAGCCUGCAGACAAAGGACAUUAACUCAUAUGAACACUUGAAAUAUUUAAAUUUAAAUUUUCAUAACACGGUGAAACCGAAAAUUUUAAUUGGCAAGGAUAACAGUCAUCUAAUUACGCCAAUCGAAACAAGAAUAACAUGCAUAUAUGAACCAGUAGGUUCUCUCACGCCUCUUGGAUGGACCAUACACGGAAAUAUAAAAAGAAGUCGCCCAAUUAGAAGCGAAGAAUAUAUCGCACAGAUAACUCAAAAUAAAAUAAUUGAUAAUGACGAUACAGAUACAGAAAACGACCUUCAUCGAAUGGUAAAAAUAAAUUUCAGUUUUGAGUCUAUGGGAAUUAAACUGAUACGCCGAAAAGAUAAAGACGCAGAACGAGUCGAAAACAUUUUAGAAAACACCACACGAAGAAUUGAAAAUAAAUGGGAAGCUGGUCUAUUGUGGAAAUACGAUCAUUAUAAAAUGCCAAGUACUAAGGAGUAUGCGAAGAAAAGAUUAGAAGCUAUUGAACGUAAGAUGGACCGGGAUAUUGACUACGGAAAUCAAUAUGUCCGAGAAAUGGAGAAAUUAAUCGAAUCCAAUUACGCAAAAAAGGUAGAUGACACAUUUAAAACGAACGAUCGAACUUGGUACUUGGCCCACUUUGGAGUUACGAAUCAGAACAAACCAGGAAAAUUACGUCUCGUAUUCGACGCUUCAGCAAAAGUGGAUGGGGUGUCAUUAAACGAUCAGUUGAUGGCUGGGCCGGAUUUAGUGACCCCACUGUUAAGCGUAUUGAUGCGUUUUCGGAUGGAAAGAAUUGCAUUUAAAGGAGACAUCAAAGAAAUGUUUUUACAAGUAAAAAUUCGUGAGGAAGACCAAAAUGCCCAAAGAUUCUUGUGGCGAGGGUGGAACAGAGAGGAAGAACCAUUCACGUACGUGAUGACGUCGAUGGUAUUUGGAGCUGCCUCGUCUCCGCAUACGGCCCAAUACAUAAAGAACAAAAAUGCCAAAGAAUUUGAAGAUGAAUACCCAGAAGCGGUCAAGGCCAUUUUAGACAACCAUUAUGUGGAUGACUACUUGGAUAGUACAGAAGACGAAGAAAAAGCCGUUACUAAAAUAAAGCAAGUGAUCAAAGUACAUAAAAAUGGAGGUUUUGAAAUAGAAAAAUGGGCUUCGAACAGCAAAAAGGUAUUAUCUCAAUUGGGAACUACAUCAUUGGCAACAGGAUCGAUUAAUCUAGAAACACCAGAUGUAAAUAUACACAGGACACUUGGUCUGAUAUGGGAUCCUAAAACAGAUACAAUUACCUUCGAUCUAAGCUUUAAAAGAACACCAAAGGGGAUCUUGAAUGGAUCAGAAAUACCCACGAAGCGCCAGAUGUUACAACUUGUCAUGUCUGUUUUUGAUCCAUUAGGAAUGCUGAGUCCUUAUCACAUCAAGGCUAAAAUCCUCCUUCAAAGUGUAUGGAAAAGUGGAAUCGAUUGGGAUGAAAAGCUAAAAAAUCCUGAAUUUAAAAAAUGGAAACAGUGGAUACUCGACAUAGAAGAAGUUAAAAAGGCGAAAGUACCUAGAUGUUACAAAACAAGACACAAAAAACCCAAGAGAUUCGAACUUCACACCUUCACCGACGCAAGUGAACAAGCUUAUUCUGCCGUUGUUUAUUUGAGAAUAAUUUACCCAAAUGGAUCGGUAGAAGUAUCCUAUGUUGCCGGAAAGAGUCGAGUUUCACCAUUGAAGCCAACGUCUAUACCGAGGAUGGAGCUACAGGGAGCUCUAAUAGGUAGCAGAUUGGCUGAUUAUGUGACACGAGAACAGGGAAUCAAAAUAGAUCAACGCUUCUUUUGGACUGACUCUAGAAAUGUGCUAGCUUGGAUAAAUGCAGAUCCUCAUAAAUAUCAAGCAUUCGUAGCCCAUCGUCUUGGUGAAAUAAGUGAAUUAACGAACCCAAAAGAGUGGAGAUGGGUAGGUACUAAAGAGAACCCUGCGGAUGCAGCUACUAGAGAUCGCGGAGUGAUAAAGGACCAACUAUCAACAUGGCUGCAGGGACCUGAGUUCCUUAAGAAAACCGACGACGAAUGGCCAUCACCCAUGAUGAAAAAGAUCAUCACCGAAACUAACAUCGAGAAAAAGAUCACCUGUCUAACAAUAACGAAAAUACGAAAGGAGUUGGAUCUACCGGACGUUACUCGAUUUUCAAAAUGGCUACGACUAAUUAGGAGUACCGCAUGGAUAAUUGUAGCGACAGAAAUAUGGCUCCAUAAGGAAAAAACAAAACCGACUGCAGAUGAUUUAAGACAAGCCGAAAAUCUAUGGAUAAAAAAGGAAUUAUCAUCGCUGUGUAUCCGGGCAAAGAUGGUCGUAUUCGUGUGGCGGACGUACGUGCAAACUAUUCCCUGCAUUUGGGCUUUGAUGGAGAAGAAGAGUGCGGCUGCGUACAGAUCAAUUUUUUUAUCUAUUAAAAGGCUGAUUCCAGAAUUUAUUAUUGAGGAAGCUCUCAUAGGUUUUGAAAAUGGUCUAAAAAGAGCUUUGCUACAAGUAUUUCCAAACAUAAUUCUACAUGGAUGCUUUUUCCAUUAUAAGCAAAUUCAAGAAUAUCAAGUCAAUCUUCCUAAAAGAGACAAACAUUCAUUUGCAUUGCCAAAUUUUAUAGCAGCGUUAUUAGAUGUCAAUAUUAACAAAUACAAUCCUUUGCGUGUUGGUUCUUUUAUUGAUCUACCGCCAUCUAUUAAAGCUAAACGUGCCUGUGUUAAUGUCAGAAAUGAAGAGGAUAAUGAAUGCUUCAUGUGGACAAUAUUAUCGGCAUUGUAUGAAGCUUCGUCAAAUCCAUCUCGUUUGCAAAACUAUGAAAAUAUUCAACAUUAUUUAAAUUUUACAAAUAUUAAAUUCCCCGUAACACUCAAUGACGUUGCAAGAUUCGAAGUGCUUAACAAUAUUUCAGUAAAUGUUUAUUGUCUUGUAAAACGAAUGGGGAAAUUCACCGUCUCGCCAAUACACCUAACCUCGCAGAAACGAUCCAAACAUGUUAAUCUUCUACGUGUUGAUGAUCACUACAUUGAUGAGGAUGAUGAUAAAGAAGAUUCCUCAAUUUCCAACAAAUAUCACAAUAAAUAA